CGCCGUCGCCGUCGCCGUCGCCGGCCGAAGUGAAGCGCCGCCCGCGCUCCACGGGGCACGCGAUGGCCGCCGAAGGGGACGAAGAGGGGGCCGCGGCGCCCAAGGUGGUAGGGCUAGCGCUCAGCGGCCCCAAAUCAAGCGCCUACGUCCUCCGGUGGGCGCUCCGCAACUUCGCCCAGGACGACGCCCCUCCCGCCGAGUUCAAGCUCAUCCACGUCCUCACCCCGGUCCUGGCCGUGCCCACGCCAUUGGGGCACCUCCUCCCGAUUGAUGAAGUCAGCAACAGCGUCGCCGAAGGCGAGCUCGAGAAGAUGUGGAUCGAGAAGCAGGAAAUGCUGCAACGCUGCAAAGACACGUGUGAUGAAAACAAGGUUGAAGCUCAAGUACUGCUUGUUGAGGGUAAAGAUGUCGCGGAUACCAUUUCUAGUCUUGUUUCUCAGUACCAGAUACAUAACCUCGUUGUCGGUAACCCUCCCAGCAAGAGCCCAUUCACUAGGAGGUCCACUGCAAGUAGGACGGCCUGCAAAAUUUGCAAGUGUCUCCCCAGCUUUUGCACGGCAUAUGUUGUUUCAAAGGAUGGAUUGUCUUCAGUUCAUGUUCCUGAAUCGGAAAGUGGCUCGCCCUCUGGCUCUCCAGUACCAAAAGGCAACUCUGGGAGCUCCAGCACCAAAGAAUUUACAGAUGGAACGUCCUCAAGAUCCGAUUUGGAUGGCAGUUCAGCGCCGGGCCUGCCUAGUUUUACUCUGAACGAUUAUCUCACUGGAAAUGCACCAGUAUAUGCUGACAAGGAGAGAAGAAUUGCCUCACGCACUGGUGCUGAAAGCUCUAUAUUAAGUCAAUUUCGGGGUUCGGACAAGGUUCCAACAAGUUCACUGCAGGAAUUAAUGCUUUCAGACAACAAGGAUGAUGUCAGUACAGAGCUUGGAAAGCUGAACCUUGAACCGAGUCAUAAUAGGCUGCUGGCAACGGCAUCCAAGGACGCUGAUAGGGAGUCGAGGCUGGAGAAGCCCCUUGUACUUCCAAGCGACUCGUACUCAAUGUUCACCUGGGAAGAGAUUGAUAAUGCUACAGCGUCAUUCUCACUCAAGAUCGGAACUGGGUCUAAUGGAACGGUAUACAAGGGCCAUCUCAAUCACUUGGAUGUAGCGAUAAAGGUCCUUCAUUCUGAUGACAAAUCCAGUACCAGGCAUUUCAACCAAGAGCUUGAGGUUCUGAGCAAGAUACGCCACCCACACUUGCUGAUGCUCCUGGGAGCCUGUCCGGACAGGGGCUGCUUGGUGUACGAGUACAUGGAGAACGGCAGCCUUGCGGAUCGUCUGCAGCGCAGAAAGGGCACACCACCGAUCCCAUGGUUUGAUCGCUUCCGCAUUGCCUGGGAAAUUGGGUCAGCCCUGGUGUUCCUGCACAGCACAAAGCCCAGCCCAAUCAUCCACCGUGACCUGAAGCCUGAGAACGUCCUCCUCGACCGCAACCUAGUGAGCAAGAUUGGUGACGUGGGCCUGUCAACCCUGAUGCCACCCAAGGAGACUCUGUCGAACCGCACGGUGUACAAGAAGACGGGCCUGGCGGGCACACUGUUCUACCUGGACCCGGAGUACCAGAGGACCGGGCAGGUGUCGGUGAAGUCGGACACGUACGCGCUUGGCAUGGUGAUCCUUGAGCUGCUGACGGCAAGGUGCCCGAUCGGACUACCUGAGGUGGUGGAGCAAGCAGUGGAAGACGGUCAGAUUAGCAAUGUCUUGGAUGAGAGCGCGGGGGACUGGCCCGUGAGGGAAGCGCAUGACCUUGCUCAGCUAGGCCUGAAUUGUUUGGAGAUGCGGAGCAAGGACCGGCCUGACCUCAACAGCGUGGUGCUGGAGGAGCUGGGGCGGCUGAAGCGUAUCGCGGCCAGCGUGUCGGGGGUGGCGUUGCCAGGGUCACCCAGUCACUUCAAGUGCCCAAUACUCAAGACGGUGAUGUAUGACCCAUGCAUCGCGUCGGACGGGUACACGUACGAGCGCAGCGCGAUGGAGAUGUGGCUGUGCGACAAGGACGUGUCGCCGGUGACCAAGGCGCGGCUGCGUGACAAGACGCUGUUGCCUAACCUGUCUCUCAAGAGCGCCAUCGUGAGGUGGGUGGCCGAUGGGGGGAGGCCUGUCAAGGAGUAAGGCUAAUGGUAAAUACUACUACUAAGCUAGUCUAACAGAACAGAGUGCUGCACAUAUCAUGGGGGCUUGGUUGGGUUGGGUUGGGUUGGGUUGGGAGAGAAGGCUGAUGGUAUUGGUGGUACAGAGAGUAGACUGCACAUAUCAUGGGGACUUGGUGUCUGCAUAACGUGAAGGAGCAAUUUUGCAACGAUACUAUCAUACUAGAGUAGGUAAGUCGUGGAGAUGUCCAGGAGAGGAAACCCUGAGUUGAGUUGGUCUUAAAAAUAGAGAAUACGGAGAAUUUUGGUUGGAUUGGAUGGGUGCCGAGGUUAUAUAUGGCAUUGAAACUUCUUGGAUGAUAUAUGGCUUUGUCCUUUGUUGUUGUUGGCCUUGUGCUGUGAAGCCAGACUGAGAUGAGACGAAUAGAAUGUGGAUAUCUUUUUUGGGUGCGGGAUUAA